AUGUUUGAACAGAUCCUGAUACGGUUCCGAGGGGGACCUAUCCAAAGCAAUAAAGAUGAAGAUGAAGAGAGCGAUGAUAACUCUUCAGAUACAGCUACAAGCCCAUCAGCUUCGGCUGGAGCUGGUGGUGUCGGUGCAGAUGUUGGCGGAGUUGUUGUUGGGAGAGAGACCUUGCAGCUGCCUCUGUCCAGGUCGACGGGUUGCCCUCCGUCGCCGUCGCCGUCGUUGCGGUUUCCUUCGCCCGCCCCGUCGACGACAGUAAAUUCUGCUUCUGCUUCUUCCUCCCCGUCUGCUUCUCCUUCCCCUUCUCCUUCCCCUUCCCUUUCUCUUUCUUGUUCACCAACCCAUCAUCCCUCUCCUACCAACCAUCAUCAUUAUCAACACCACUCUUCUUCUCUUUCAUCACGACAUCUUUUACAAACACCUCCAGCAAGCAUAACCUCGGCCAACAUGGCCAAGAAAUCUACGACAAGGAAGAAGGAGCCUUUGGCUCAAAAAUCUACAAGUGGCGGGGAGGCGAAGACGAGGGGGCAGAAGAGGAAGGCCGAGGAGAUGGGGGGCCCUGCCUUGGCUCCCGUUGCUGAUCAGGAUGGAGGUUCUCCUCCUCCUGAGAAGCGCGUGACCAGGGCAGGAGCGGCGAGGAAGAAGAAAGAGGAAGAGGAGGAAGAGACGACGAAGACGACGACGACGAAGAGAACGACGAGGGCGAGGGCGAAGAAGAUGGAGGAGGAGGAGGAGGAGAAGGCCGUGACGGCGACGAGGAAGAAGGUGGAGAGGAAGACAAGGAAGAAGGCAGUUGAGGAAGAGGAGGAGCACGAGAAGGAGAAGGAGAAGGAGAAGUUGGCGGAGGUGAGGAAGAGGAAGAGGGGAGGGGAGGAGGGGGGAGAGGAGGCGGUCGCAGUUAGCGACACCGAGGGUCCAGGGGUUAGCGGUGCACCCGAAGCACCUGCACCGGCACCGUCUGGUAGGACAGCGGCAAAGGCUGGGCAGAGGAAGGGGACCUCUGCCCAGUCCCGCGCCAAAAGGCCUACCAGGUCGGCGGAGGGUCCUCCUCCCAAAAAGAAGAGGACCCUCCACAAGCUCCUUCGCCCCAAGAUAGACGAUAAAAUCGGCUUCCCUUGGUGGAGAGAGGAGACGGAACCAGAGACGGAGGAGGAGGUGGGGGAGGUGGAGGUGGAGGUGGAGGGAGAGGUGGGUGAGGGGGAGAGGGGGAGGAAGAGGAAGGCGGAGGACGAGGACGAGGGCGAGGGCGAGUUUGGGAGGUGGGUGAAGAGGAGUCGUGCUGACUCUUUGGAAGUCCUCGUCGAACUGGGCGACGAGGAGCAGGAGAAGGAAGAGGGUCAGUGUGCUGCUUCCUCGCGGAAGCAGCGCACCCCGCCGACCUUCCAGAGGUAUGAAUACUCUGAUGAAGUGAAGCGGGCGCCAUUGCCAAUGGCUGACCCUCUCUCCGACUCCCGCUUCCAGGGGUCGCACAAUAAGUCUCGGGCCAGCGAGGCCAAGACACACGAGAGCGAGAGCCAGGCGGAGGACAAAAACCUCGGGGAGUACUUGAAGUUGUGGGAUGACCUUGGGAAAGUCGCCCAUGACGAUGAUAAGUGCUUCGAGGUUUUGGGAGCGGACGUCCCAACCUCCCAGUUGGGGAGGAAGUCCCUCCUCAGGAAGAAGAGGAGGUUGUUUAGGGAGUUGGAGGAGAUUGCGACGCGGGGGAAGGUGUAUAAGGAGGAGCAGAGGAGGGUUAGGUUGGAGGAGGGGGAUGAGGAGCGGUUGGAGGUUACCUACGCGAGUCACCUCCGCAAGACCGGGCAGUCGCCUUUGAGGCUGCGGAGUCGUACCAUCGAGAGACAACACUGGAGAAAGGCUUGA